ACGGCACGAAUUUUCCAAAAAUGAUCAGGAACGUGGGAAGAGUUCCCUUUCUUUAGUAGCAGCCGUCCACUGGAAAUUAACAAAAGUUUGCGAAAAUCGUCAAGACUGCGGAGCAGUAGAAUACCCUCUUCGCGACCACCGGUUCUUUCCAAUCGUCAGUCCGUCUUUUUCCACCUCAAUCAAUCAUCGACAUGUCUUCAGUCAUCGGCAUCUCCCAAAUCACUUUUUCGUUUCAAUGAUGAUUGCAAUGCCUGGCAAUUUCGAAAACGUCCCAACUCGCAAUACGUACGAGACCAGGAUUCCAGCUAGUCCAUGGGACAAGAGGUUGGCUAAUACUUCCAGCACCCCCAGUAAGAGGACUACAAAGGGAUAUAUCCCGAACACACCAUUGGAGGUCAUAUUAUCAGUCCCGGUUAAUU